UGGACAAGGGAUGUCAACUCCGGAGAUCGCAAAGGGAGAUGAAAUCCGCUAUCAAUUCUCCAUGGAUUUUGACAAAGCCAACUAAGAGGCGAAAGAGGCCCAUGGAUGACAAGGACCGGUUUUAUGACAUAGUUUCCCGUAUGUGUUCAAGCAAGGAGGGUGACAUGCCUUUGGUGAAAAUCUCUGAUGAAGAUAUCACUCGGGAUCAGCUAAGGACACUUGGCGGAAUUGAGAAAAUAGGUAACCGGCUGAUGUCAACUGUGUGCAAGACUCUAAUGGCUGAUAUGGAGAAGGAAGGGCAGGUGAAGCGGCACAUUUUUUAUGCUGAUUUUAUGGCAAUAAUGGCAGCUAACCCAAAGCUGUGGGAUGCUACAAAACGGAAGAAACAAUUUUUACCUGAAAAUGUAGGCUACAACAUAGGAGAAUGUGAUUUGAUCUUUGGACCCACACUUGUUGGCGCUCACUGGUUCUGUGUUGUGCUUGAGCCUAGCACAAUGAAUUUCUAUGUGCUGGACUCAAUGAAGCCAAAUUUAGAGGGUAAGAAGAAGAGCAAGAAGAAGGGUGUAAUUAUUGAUGACAUGACGACCGUCGUCACUGAAUGUAGGAAUAGAUUUUAUGACAUUAUUGAGAUAGUUAAGCCUAAUGCCACUGGGAAGAAGAAAAUGAGUGAUAUCAUUUGGGCUCCUGUUCCGCAACAAAACAAUCUGCGAGACUGCGGUGUUCAUGUAUUAAUAUGGUUGAGUAAAUGGAAGCCCGGUGAGAUACUUCACUAUACGGAUGAACAAGUGGCUGAAUUCCGACGAAACCUCAUGUGGUGGCUAGUGAAUCAUGAGCUUAAUUCAAGACGUGAUGAAGCAUUAAGCUUGCUUUCAUCAACCCAAGCCACCACACUGACCAAAAGACGCCAUCUGUGAUAGGAGGAGACAUUAUGUAGAUUAGGCAUAUAGUAUUUGUAAAAGGAGUGUUAGUUUGAAGUCUUAAUAUUUGAAGUCUUAUGUAGUUUGAAGUCUAAGUGGCUGCCAGUUGUUGGCCUAAUUGCAAUCCUUUUUGGGAUAAUUUGAGUAAAAGAGUUAUGAAAUUUACAACAUGCCAUGUGACUUCCGUGAUGAUAAUCACAAGUUGAUUAUUUGUGCCCCAAAUUA